GUAGAACUGGCGGGGUGACGAAGCUAGGGUGCCGUGGAGAUGCCUUCAACAGUGGACUCCGCCCAAAUUGUGUGUCGAAUCAACUGCAAUCAUGAGCUGCAUAUGAGACCAAACCGAAAGCAGCGGUAAAACUGGUGCGGAUUAGCUGAGAUCAGUCGAAAACGCUUUGAAAUCAUCCUCUUUGAAGAGAGUUCGAUAUUUUGGAGGUGAGGAAUGUUGGGUGGGUGGAUCAGCACCUUGUUUGCUUGUUGGGUUUAUUUUUGUUUGUUGGUUGGUAUCUCUUUUGGUUAAUUUUUGUCUUGUUGCCGAGGUGGGUUUUUGAACAAGGUGAAGGAGUCGCAGACGGAAUGGUAUGGCCAAUGGGGGCGACAAUGCGGCGAAAGGGUGAGAGUUCAUGGCCUUCAUCUCACAACAGAGCGUUUCAUCGUCACCGGCGCCGACUUCCGUUGCCGCAGUCAGACGUCGAUUUGCUGCUCCUAUGCAGUUUUACGAGAGGAGAAUAAGUGAUCGACUUAUCACGAAGGAUGUUUGGAAGUUUGUUCAAGCUUUAGCUGAUCAUUCGUUGUUCGUCUCGAGAGGAUGAACAGGAGAGUUGGGUGAAACAUGCGAGUUCUAGCGAACUUUGUGUGAGUUUGUGUGCUGGUGCUGCCAGGUUGAGGUGUGAAGGUUCGUAAGCAUUGUUAACCUGGGUAGGUUCUGGGGACCCCAAGACUCGUGGUUCUACUUCACUAAACGGCGGAAGCCUGGUUUUUAGAAAAGGGUCAAAACGACGAACCAAAGGCAGCAGGGAUGCAGUUGCUGCGGCUCCUUGGGGUCAAGCACAAUGGCCGGAAAGGGCGUCUUCAAAGAAAUACUUGAUGGAGAUGUCUUCAAAUACUACGUGGAUGGGGAGUGGAGAAGAUCCUGCUCCGGACAAUUCAUCAAUGUACAAAAUCCCUCCACAAGAAAACCAAUGUUUAGAGUGCAAGCCUGCACGCAAGACGAAGUCAACAGAUGCAUAGAUAGUGCUAAGGCUGCACAGAAAAUUUGGGCAAGGACACCUCUCUGGAAAAGAGCCGAAGCUCUUCAUAGGUGUGCCGCCAUCAUGAAGGAACAAAAAGCACCAAUUGCAGACUGUCUCGUAAAGGAGGUCGCGAAGGCUCUUAAGGACGCUGUUGUGGAGGUUGUCCGAUCUGGUGAUCUUUUGUCCUACACCGCAGAGGAGGGAAUCAGGAUUCUCUCUGAGGGAAAAUUCUUGGUAUCCGAUCCGUUUCCAGGAAAUGAAAGGAACAAAUACUGCCUUUCUUCCAAGAUUCCUCUAGGUGUUAUCCUCGCAAUUCCACCUUUCAAUUAUCCUGUCAACCUGGCCGUAUCGAAAAUGGGUCCAGCCCUCAUUGCUGGGAAUGCAGUUGUCCUGAAACCACCUACUCAGGGAGCUGUGUCAUGCUUGCAUAUGGUACAUACCUUCCAUUUGGCAGGUUUUCCAAAAGGUUUGAUAUCUGCGGUGACCGGUAAGGGAGCAGAUAUUGGGGAUUUCCUCACGAUGCACCCUGGGAUCAAUUGUAUCAGUUUCACAGGAGGUUGCGAGACAGGGAUUGCAAUUUCAAAGAAAGCCGGUAUGAUACCACUACAAAUGGAGCUGGGAGGUAAAGACUCCUGCAUUAUUUUAGAAGACGCUGACUUGGAACUGGCAGCUACAAAUAUCAUCAAAGGAGGUUUUUCUUACAGUGGACAGCGGUGCACAGCUGUAAAAGUAGUAUUGGCAAUGGAAUGCAUUGCAGAUCAGCUUGUCUGCAAGGUCAACGCUAAACUCGCCAAGCUAACAAUAGGCAUGCCCGAAGACGACUGUGACAUUACUCCUGUGAUCAGCGAAACGUCGGCCAAUUUCAUUGAGGGGCUUGUGCAUGAUGCAAGGCACAAGGGUGCGAGAUUGCAUCAGGAAUGGAGGAGGGAAGGAAACCUGAUUUGGCCUAUACUUAUUGAUCACGUCCGACCUGACAUGAGAAUAGCUUGGGAGGAGCCCUUUGGGCCGAUUCUGCCCGUCAUUCGCAUCAAAACUGUGGAAGAGGGCAUCCAUCACUGCAAUGCAAACAACUUCGCCCUGCAGGGUUGUAUUUUCACGAGGAGUUUUGAUAAAGCUAUCAUGAUAAGUGAUGCUAUGGAGUCUGGAACGAUCCAAAUCAACAGUGCUCCUGGUCGUGGACCCGAUCACUUUCCUUUCCAGGGCUUGCGAGAUAGCGGUGUUGGCUCUCAGGGCAUUACUAACAGCAUUAACAUGAUGUGUAAGAUUAAGAGCACAGUUAUGAAUUUCCCAGCCGCGACUUACACAAUGGGUUAGAUAUUGUGCCCGGCUUGCUGAGAGAUGCACACAAGUCACUUCAAAGUAAUUGCAGACACAAGAGUGUCUGAAUACGUUUUUCUGGUCGUCAUGAAGCAGAGAAGUGACGACAGAUCGUCGUUGUGGGAUGCAAAUACAGUUGGUAUUGAUACUUUGGUGCUCCCCUCACUUUUCCCCCGUGUUAUCAGAAACCAUAUCUCUACAAGAAUUUUUCGUGAAGAGAUGAAAAAUUGUAGGUA